CUUAAACCAUCAACGGAAAAUGUUCCCCUGCCCUAUAAACCCCCGCAUUAAUGUGGAGAUUUAUUGGAAUGGUUAGGGUUACCCCAUGAUCGUCUGCCGUGAAACUCUUAUUUCUAUGCUUGGCAAGAAUCCUCUCGUUCCAUACACAGUUCAUUUCGUGAAUUCGUGCAAAUGCGCACGGCUUUCUGAUCUAGAGUGAGCCAAAAUAGCGAGUUUGUGGUAUACGGAAUAAAGUUUCAAUCUUCAUACGUGCAUCAUGGGUGAUGGAUAUUGUGUACAGACGAGGAAAGUUAAUCGCACAGACUCAAUCCCAACACCAACCUUGUGUGAGGACUUUUCUUAAAGUUCGGAGUAGGAAGCCCUGGGGUUUUCGUUCAGAAUGGAAAGGAAACUUAAGGCGGUUUGGAUUAUGAAAAGGGUUCUUCUCCCCAUAUUUUGUGUCAUAUCGAUAAUGUUGACAUCUUACCCUGGCUCGUUGAAUGCAGGUUAUCUUUGCUGGUAAUGUCUUCAGGUGAUGAAUUAAAUGAGACAAGAGUGCAUUUGCUACUUGUAGGAACGAUAUUGCCAACAGCUUUGGGUACGCUGUUUGUGGCUGGACGUCUCUAUACUCGGGGAGUCAUCACCAGAAACUGGGGAUGGGAUGAUUUUUGCAUUGUUAUAGCAUGGAUCCUCACCAUCUUUGCUGCAGUCACCAAUGCACUCUUCUGUAGCUAUGGCGGCGGCCGUCACGUUGAACUCCAGACCCCGUCAGACCUAAAACCUUUCUUCAUCCUCGCUUUCGUGUCUCGAAUCCUCUACCAAGUAUCUCUUAUGAUGGUAAGAGUUGCCAUCUGUCUGGUCUAUUCACGAAUCUUCCAAGAUCGACUGAGCAAAAUCAUUGUAUACAGUCUAUUGGCUUUCCAAAUUGUAUCGACGAUUCCUCUCACGUUGAUUGUGGUUUUUCAAUGCGAUCCAAUCGUUUCGCAGUGGGAUUUCAGCGUGGAACAAAUUCGUUGUAUUGAUCCCUUGCCGGGAAUCAUUACUUUUACCACUUGUAGUGUUUUCAGUGAUGUGGCACUUAUUCUUUUUGUCGUACCGAGAGUGUUACCCCUCAAAAUCAACAAACGUCAAAAAGCAACGCUAGUCGCGAUCGUUAGUUUCGGUAUCCUCGUCAUCAUCGCCUCGAUCAUUCGCUUCAUUCGCUCUAAACCCAUUUUCACCGAGAGAGAUUAUACGUGGGACCUGUGGGAAAUCACAACGUGGUCGAGUAUUGAACUCAACACUGCAUUGUUCUGUGUUAGUGCGCCGUGCUUAAGACCGCUGGUCAGGAAAAUGGUGCCCGAUAUUACGUGGUUGAAGAGCGCGGUGACUGCGAGUAGGAGUCAGGCAACGACGGUUGGAGGGAGAAGAAAAAGCUCGGCUGUGGGUUUGCAGGGGAAUAAUGGAAAUGGGAAAGGAGGAGGAGAAGAGAUGCCGCAAAAUGAUUUUAGAAUGGCGUCGAGAUUCACGGUGGGUGGAUCGCUGAGUUCUCUCAAUAAUAAUCGACCUGGAAUGGGAAGGAAAGAAUGGAGUAGAGGAAGAGGCAGAGAGGAAUGGGAAAUGAGUGUACUUGGUUCGCGAAAGGGAUCGAGAGCUAUAGGGGAUGAGGAGGAUUGGAUUGGUCUUGUUGAUGAGGGGACAGAUGAAGAGGAGAGGAUUAGGAAUAGGGUGCGGGCUUUGAGCGAUCCGUCUGUGGGGGUUAGGACGGAUGAUACGAAAGGAUACUAAAUUUUUGAGGUGGUUUAAAUGGCGCAAUUGUGAAUGAAUAAAGAGACGGCUGGAUGCCAAAAGACUUCGUGGAACUCGAAGCAAGGCGUUUAUUAUAUACCAACUAUACCACUUUGUUUGGAAAUGGAAAGGACUUGAAAGGGAAAGGAGGGGGGCGGGCAAAUAAAGAACCGCAGACAAGAUGUGCCCAUCUAUAAAUCUGGAUAAUUAAUUACCAAAAGAUGGCUCAAAGAAUAGGCUCAUAAUUCAUUGUUGUGGCACUUGUACGUAUGACUUGUCGUCUUACACUGCGUGGAUCUUUGUCAGCGCACGCGAACUCUGAGAUCACCAGGAUGGUUCAUCA